GCAAUGAGGUUUGCAGGCGACUUUGAAAAGUAGGUGGGAGUUGCGUAGUGAUCUCCUGUUAAUAAUCAUCGUUCAGGCUCGGAGCUGAAGAAGAGCGCUUCCUCUGCCGCGAGGGAGGCGACAGCAGAGCGCGGAUAAGGCUGGCGCGCGGAUUCGACUUCUAGGCGUUGGAUAAUCUUAACUAUACCACAUUUGACCAAAAACCUGGGUACUUCCUUGUGUAAUCCGUUCAUUACAAAUGACUUACACUAUAGAUGUCCGUGUUGCACAUACUUGGCUAGCGGAAGUUUAUGUUUUAGGAAGUCAGACAGUAUUCAGCAACUAGGUAAUUCUAGACCAUAUCGAGUUGUAAUAUAACGUCUUCGCCGCCGAAGAGGAGCAAAGGGUGAGAUGGAUACGCACGUCAAAGAGGGACAACUUUACGUUCAACACCAGAAAUUCGGCAAGAAGUGGAAGAAGAACUGGUUUGUGCUUUACCCGGCCAGCCAGAAUGGCAUCGCCCGCUUGGAGUUCUACGACUGCGGCGGCAGCGGCAGCGAGAAGCCCAGCAACACCAAGAAGCUGGACAAGAAGAUCAUCCGCCUGUCCGAGUGCAUCAGCAUCCUGCCCGCCGUCACAGAGUCCUGUCCCAAGGAGAACAUGGCCGCCUUCUGCGUGGAGACCAACGACAAGACGCACGUCUUCGCCGCCGAGAAGCACGUCACCACCGAUUGGGUGGAGAAGAUGUGCGAGAUCGCCUUUCAGGGAGGAAGUGGGUCCCUGACUGGGACUGACUCCAAUGGACAAGACAUUCAAAUGGCAGAGAACCUAAUCUACUACUCGAGAGAAGAAGUGAAUGAGUUCUGGGUGACCGUGCAGAGGACGGAGGCCUCAGAGCGCUGUGACCUGAUUGGAAGCUACUGGCUGAAGGCGGACGGCGAGAGCCUGAUCCUCAAAGACCCCAAGAGCAAGAGGAACCUGCUGAUGUGGCCCUACAAGCUGCUGCGACGCUACGGCAGAGACAGGGUUAUGUUUUCCUUUGAGGCGGGUCGACGGUGCGAUUCCGGUCCGGGAAACUUCACCUUUGAGACAAAGCAGGGCAAUGAUAUCUUCCAGAUUGUGGAGAGUGCCAUCCGUGAGCAGAAAGCUCAGGCCGAGGACCGCCACCAGAGCUGCCCGUCGUUUGACCCUGACUGCCCUGCCAUGCAGCAGAUUCGCACCGCCAUUGCAGAGGGAAAUGCUCGUGAACCAGACGGUGACUCGGGGGGCAGCAAACCUGGCUCAGCCGAUGGGGUUUUUGGCCGAAGAGAGGGUGCCGAUGGCAAGCACCUAAAGGGUCGCACCCUGCCAGAACCCCCCGCCCCGGUUGGAGGUACCCCUCCUCGCUCCCCUAUGCACCGAGGGCCCAGGAGUGGUCCUCCAUCUCUGGAUGACCAGACCAAUCUCUACUCUGAGCCGGCCGACUCGGUGCGCAUUCCCCCCAACCCUGGCGAGUGCCUGUACUCAGACCCAGUGGACAGCAUCAAGGGUGGCUCCAGCCCAAGGCUCCGACCCCUGGGUGAUGAAGGUGGAAGCCGUCACUCUGGCAAGAAACCUGAGCCCUUUUAUUCGGACAUUUAUGACCGGGUGCACCUUGACCUGGCCCAGCGCACUGCUGGUAUGUCGCUGGACGGGAUCGUAAGACGGCCUUCCGAGGGUGGUCGGGCUGAGCACAUCUACGAUGAGCCCGAGGGCCGGGCGGGUCAGUACUCCUCCUUACCCUCACUCUAUGACGAGGCUCGCCCAGACGCUCAGGCUUGGAAGACCAGAGGAAUGGAUGAGUUUCAGGGCCACGAGGCCCCCUACAACCCAGACCUGGACGACUACUCGGUCCCAGCUUACGGCAAGCCUCAACCAUCUGCCACUGCCCGGCCCAAAGUUCCCAAGCCUCUCACUGCCCCCAAGCCGAUUAAAGGACCCCGGAAAGAGCCUCCCCCACUGCCUCAGGGGAAGACAGGGGCCAACCUGAACAACAACAACAGCAGCAGCAACCAGAACAGAGGAGGAGGAGGAGGAGGUGUGGUGGGCAAGCAUGUGGAGCUUUACAGCAAAGUAUCCAAGCACAAGCCUCCAGCCAACUCCUGGUACCCUCCUGUUGCCCUCCGCUCCCCAGACAUCAUCUAUGACAACCUGGGAGAUAUCUGAGCAAAUCUCCCCCUUUACCUCCUCCGCUCCCCAGACAUCAUCUAUGACAACCUGGGAGAUAUCUGAGCAAAUCUCCCCCUUUACCUUCUCUUGCCAUUUCUGCAGACUUUGGUGAGGUGGUAGGAGAGAGUCGGAACCCCUCUGAUAAGGGCCCACAGCACUGUCGAUGAGAUGGUUGCAAGCGAUUGCUUUCCUGGCAUGUGACUGUUCUCAGCCAGACCACAGAAGCUAGAACUGAAGUAAAGUCGAGCACAGAAGGGAUUAAGAAAUGGUCAUAUUUAAUCUGAGAACAUGUAAGUGAAUUGUGUGCCUUUGUAGUUGAUGUCACUCGUCAGGUGGAAUGGAUAUUGAUGACCAAUUCUGUUUCUGGAGUGGAUGUCGGGGAGUAUGCUCUUAACUGGAAUGAGACACGGUUUUGCACUUCUUUUACCAAACCAACGAAAGAGUCGGUGAUGCUUUUUAAAUAUGAGAACGGAAAUGUAAAUUAUUUAACAAAUCCUGUUUCCUUGACACUUAAAUUUCACGGAUGCAAUUUUGGGUGAAAUGGACAGAAAAUCACUACACAGAAACAAAACCUGUGUUAUUCUAUGUACAGAUCGUUUUAAAUGCAGAGAAGUUAACCCAUAACUAUUUGUGUGUGUUUUGUGUGUGUCCAUCAAAAGAACAGCUGUGCUGUUGUAAAUAUGUUAAGGACAUUAGCAAUAAAAAAAGAAACCAAACCAAAGAAGGGCAUCUUGUUCCUCUCAUCGCGUCAUCACCAAAGUGGUCUAGAAUUUUCUCUUUGUGCCCUAAAAUAUCUAAUGACUUUGUUUUUGUUUCCAAGGUGGUUACCGAGGCCAAGAGGCCAUGAAAUCACCCUGAAUGCUCUUUCUCUCUUUCCACUCAUCCUCUGUUUCCAUCCUUUCUUCUCCGUUGUCCGGUUGUCCCGAGUGACUGUUGAAGGCAGCCAGCACAGCUCAAGCAUGGCCAGUGUAGCUGGUGAAUAUUAACCAGUCCAGGAAAAAAGGACCCUUAUUUUUGGGGGGGGGGAAGGUUUAAGCAAAGAUCUUAAAAUCUUGGCUAAAUUAAUCUUACGUGUACCCCUGGCUCUGCGCUGCAGUACAGGCUGUUCCUUGUCUGUUUUUCCCCUCUCUUUCACUCUCUUUUUCUCUCCCUCUAUUUCCCCUCUCCCUGAAUCUUUUCUUCCCCUGUCUAGAGAUGUUAUUUUCUUAAGCAGGCAGCCCCGUUGCCCUGCCAAAGCCCUGAUCUAUUUAUCACAUUGUUCCUCUUGCUUUCAAAUCCGAGUAUCGUGAAUGAAAAAGAAACAGUCUACAAAGGCAGACAAAACAGUCCUCAUGUGUUCGCCAAUAAAACAAAAAUAAAAUACUUUAAUCCAGGGUACUACUGAAGAGACAGAA